AGACACUACAUUUUUUCCAGAGGUAUUUUUAAAAGAUGUUUUUAAUCGGUUGGAUUCUGUCAAAGUGUCGCAGAUUCAAUCCACUUUUUGCACUUCUAUUAAUGUGCAUAGUUUACAUGACUUACCAGCAUGCUCCGGAAUCUCGAAAAUCCGUGGAACAGGUUUCGGACCCAAUUUCAAAGGAAUUGCAAUUACUGAUUGAUGAACAAUUCCUUAACAUUGGACCAUUGCAGCUGGAAGGUCACCAAUUUGACCUUUCUGCAGCGGGUCAAUCCAAACUCGUGGCGAAGGUUUUUAAAAACAAGACUGGUGGAACAUAUGUUGAAGCAGGUGCUCACAAUGGACUGAGUGAGUCUAAUACUGUGUACUUGGAAAUGGCCUUGGGCUGGACUGGUCUACUUGUGGAGCCCAAUCCAGAGUACUUCCAAAACCUCACCAGAUUGAGGAGAAGAACCAGAGUCUUGAAUGCCUGCAUCAGUCCUUCCAACAAAAAGAACACUCUGGACAUUGAGAGGAAGAACAUGGGUCAGUUUUUGAGCUUGCGUGACACCAAUUUCCAAGCCACUUGUUACCCAUUGUUCAACAUUCUGGAAGCUGCAGGUUUACUGAAAUUGGACGUUCUUUUUUUGGAUGUUGAUGGUGUGGAAAAGAGCAUUUUGGAUGGAUUUCCCUGGCAUCUAGCAGACAUUUCUAUGUUGUUCACUGAAUGCAACCCACCAGGACCUCUGGAAUGCGAACACUUGACUGACCCAUUGGUACAAACCAUGGCCAAAUACGGGUACAAGAAUAUCAGUCAAAUUGGCAACGACGUCGUCUUUCUGAAAAAUGGAAUAGAAUUUUAAGAAUAAAAUUACUUUUCAUGUUUGCCGUGCUUGAC